GCCGCCGCCGCCGCCGCCCCCGACCCCGACUCCGCUGCCUCCGCCGCCCACCCCGCCGCCACCGCCGCCCUAUUCUCCUUCCCCUUCCCAACCAGCCCCAGUCUUCCCCGGUGGCACCAAUAAGUAGACAUGGGUUUCUUUUGGUACUGCCACCGAUGGUCUAACAAGGGAGUCGAUUGUGUUCAUGUCCAUGAGGCAGUUCUACCUCUCUCGGUAGUACAAAAACUUUCUCGCCACAAAUCAUGCAAGUGAUCCUCAUCGACUAUACAUUUAUAGUUUCUUCACAGUUCAGUAUAUCACGUAUAUUAGGAUGCUAACGCCACUCAUGAGUUGGAUGCUAUAGCGUAAGGAAAAUUGAUAGCCAGGCAUGAUCAUCCAUCCAUCAAUUUUGUUUGCUUUUUCUUCUGUUGUUAGUUUCUACUACUUUGCUAGAUAAGUGAUGUCUAUCUGAAGCUGUGAACCUUAGGAACCUUGAUCUUAAUAUUGGUGUUUGCGAAUUUUGAAUGAAGGUCAUGCAACCAGUUUUCUGAAUAAAUUUGUUGAUGAGUGUGUUGCAUUGUUGAUUUCAUGGUUAUUCUUCAAUUUGGAUGCAUGGCUAUUCUUGGGUUUGAGCCAUAGGCAUGCAGCAAUGAAUUCUAAUUUCAUUGAUGCUGAGAGGAAAGUUCUGACCUUGGGCUUCAUCCAUGUGAGGGAGGAUUGGAUAUAGAAUGAAUUUCCUGGGAUUUUUAUUCAUUCUAGCAGGGUUCAAUCUUUUAAUGAAAACCAUACACAUCAAUUUUGAAUAGAAAUCUUAUCCCAAUAUUUUUGACCACUACUGUACUUCGAUUUCAAUAACAAAAUUUGGUAUCUCUAGGAUUCCUGAUUAGCCCUCGGACAAGAUGGAUUUGCAAUUUACAUGGCUUUACCUAUUUCUUGAACUGAAUAGGGUGAAUUGUAGCAAAAACAUGAACAAUAAUGUGUUCAUGAUGGUAUAGCUACAAUAUGUAUGUUUUGCCUUUGUAAAAGGUAUCUGGCACAAUAAACUAAAACACAUGGUUUCUUAGUUGCCAGUCUAUAUCUCAAAUGCUUUUUGAGUUUUAUGUUUUGAUAAAUGCAUUGUCAUCGAUAAUUAUUCUUUCUAAGUAACCUCCUUAAUUUUCAAGCUAACAGAGCAGAAAAUGUCUAUUGUUCAGGAUGACCAGAAAUCGCGACAAGAGCUGGUAAGUGCGUUCACAACUGCUACAGUUCUGCACUAAUGUUGUAUUCUACGAUAUUAUAUUCUUGGAAAAUAAUUCAAUCGUUUAUUUAUUUGUUAACGAUUCCAUCUCAAAGGUGACUCAAGGAAUUGUUUAUCUCUGUUAUUGAUGUAAUGUUCAACUGAUUAUAGAACUGGUCUUUUUUAUGUUCACUACAAUCAUGAAUGAAGGAAAAUGUAUAGGAUAAUCCUAACCAAGAAGACUUUGAUAGCACCAUUGGUUUUUUAUAUGUGCCAAUAAAAUCAUUAUGUGUAACAAUUAUUCAGAUUUCUCAAAUUCGUUCUCUGUUGGAGAUAGUCAUGACUCACUAGAACAUGUAGUGAUUGAUAACUGUUUGCUGUCUUGUCUAAAUCUGAUGUUAGUGUCUAAUAAAUUAGUUCAUUCCUUUUUUCUAUUAUAUGACUUUCCUUGGUUUCAUCGAUUUGUUGACAUUUUUUUCUAUUCUAUAUUAAGUUCUUUAAAUGAACUAAUAAUCUGAAUUUAGUGUUGUUCACCCAAAGUAGACAUCACAUCUCAUGCUCCAAACUAGCAUCCAAAUUAUUUUUCCUUUAAUUGGUCCAUCAAUUUUUUCUCCCGUUGCAACGCACGGGCUUUUUGCUAGUUACUAAUUAACAUGCAUAUCUAUAGUGCCAUGUGUCGGUGUCAAAACCGGCGGAUCUCGGGUAGGGGGUCCCGAUCUGUGCGUCUAAGGCUAAUGGUAACAGGAGGCAAGAGACACGAUGUUUUACCCAAGUUCGGGCCCUCUCGAUGGAGGCGUCUGUAGCGACGACCGCUUCUCAUAAUGCAGAGGUGUCCGGACUAAAGCGAAGUCUGGAACGGGCCAAAGAAGAACUUGGCCGCGUGAAGAAGCAGUUGGCGGACAAGCAAGAAGCGAGUGCCGAAACUGAGGCACUAAAGAAGGUUGUGGCCGAAGCCGACAAGAAGGCCGCCGCCGAGCAGGCUCUUCGCGAGAAACACGAGGCCAGGGUCAUUGAAGCUGAGCGAGAGCUCCAGGAGGCCGUGAAGAAAAGCGAGGCCUUGGAGCAGAGUCUAGCAGGGAAAGAGUCUGAACUCGCCCAAGUUGUCCAAGCCGCAGAUGAUGCUCGGGCGGAAGCCCGAGGUGCACUAAAGGACAUUCAGGAGGCACGGAAGGUUGCGGCUGGUAAGGCCCUUUGUACUCAAAGCAAUUUUUACAUAGUAAUGGGAGGAACUCUAAGCGACAAUUGUCGUCUGUCUGGUGUGGCCAUUACCUUCUCCAAGGUCACGCAGCUCACACUCCUCGUCGUGAUCUACGACUGCCUCCCGGCACACCCAUCCCGCCGUGCUUCUGGUUCUCGGCACAGCAGCGCUCCUGUAUGUCGAGCUGCGCCGCAUCGCAGCUCGGUGCGUGGAGAAGCCAAGAUGAAGGGGUCGUGGGGAUAUGGAGUUGGACCUUUGGCUGCUAAAGUGCUAAACCUCUACUAG